AUGGAUAAAGUCUCAGUUCUAUACUUAUCAUUCCUCUACUUUGCUUUAGCAUCCUGGGAAUCGACUCUUAACAACGGUACACUUGGAGGCUUUUUCACUUUAGAUGAAAUUAAUACUGAUAUGUCAACCAUUAUCAACUCUUUUCCAGACCUUGCAUCAGGUGGAUCAAUUGGACAAAGUUCUAAAGGAGUUAACAUAAAUUUCAUCAAAUUAGCAGGACAAGGGAUCCCAUCUUAUGAAAAAGGUGGCGCAUUAGUCACAAGCUCAUUAUAUUCAGGAUACCCCACAAAUCCAUCCUUAGUCAUGUUUCUAUUAUACUAUAUUUAUUGUAACUGUUUAUAAUAUUAAUUAAAGGGCAUUUUAUAUUAAUUCAAUUAAAUAUAAAAUAAAAGACUUUGCUAAUAAUUACUCAAAAAAUAGCAUAGAAAGGAGCAUUCUUUUGAAGACCAAUAUUUAUUUUAUCCCGGUUAUUAAUGUAGAUGCCUACAAGCAAAUGGAGCAAAGCUAUACAGAGGGUAGUAGCUUUGAGGUUGUUACAAAAAAUUUCAAGGAUACUGGAUGUGAAAAUUCGACACAAGCUGGAGUAAAUCUUGAUAGAAACUGGGAGUUUAAUUGGGGAAACUCAACUGGAGAUUCUUCAAAUAAUCCAUGCGAUCCUAAAUAUAGAGGAUCUUCAGCAUUUUCUGAGAGCGAAACAAGCAGUGUCAAAAAUUUUAUUAUUGAUAAGAACAUAACAGUUUGGAUUCAUUUUGAUGAAGAUAAAAAUGUAUACAAAAUAGCUUGCUUUUAAAAAUUUUUUUUAGUAUAUUUAUUUAAUUAGAUCUUAAUUAUGGAAUCAGCUAAUUGGUAUAUAUAUUUUGCCUUAUACCUCUAUGAGCAUGGAUCCUAUUACAGUUCCUGAUCCAAUGUUCGGCUGGGCUUACAACGAUCUAAAAAGCUUUUUUCCACUAGUAAACAUAUCCUAUGGGACUGCUAAAAAAAUUGACGGCAAGCUAGAAGACGGAACUCUUAUAGAUUUUGCCCUGUCCAAAGGAAUAUUUUCUAUGAAAGGAGAAAUUGCGCCAUAUGACAAAUCAGAAAACAUCAUGACUUAUUUUAAUCCUCACUUGCAAUCUGCUCUAUGAAAUCUAGAUGGCGCCUCUUAUUCUCUUGAAGGGGAGUAUUAUUUUAAUUGGUAUGAGUGUUAUGAAUAUCCUGAUUAUUGCCAAAAUAACGAUUCAUCAAUAUUUUUUGAAAAUGAAUUCUAUAUUACCAAUUAUGGGUUUAAAAAUGCAAAAAGUAUUGCGCUUAAUUUUACAUGGAAUUAUGCAGAUAAUAUUCCUGGGUAUAAUUUUUCAUUACAAACCAAUGGGUACUAUGCUCUUUACCGUAUCAUGGAUGAUGAAAAUAUUACAGACUACAUUAAUAUUGAUUUUUCUAAUAUAGAAGCAGAUGAUACGUCUAUUUCUGCUGAAAUUCUUUUUGAUGUCCCAGCUUUAACGUAUGUAGACUUUAUUUUUUAUAUAGAAGGAACUAGACCCAAUAGUAAAGACAAGAUGAAUUCAUAUUGAAAUGUUUCUAUUAUAAAUAAAAUGGCAUUCGGUUCGAGAGAAAUUAGCUCUGCUAAUUUUCUCUCCCUCAUGGAAUUUUAUUUAUGGGGUUAGGUUUUCACUCGAGAACUUCUGGACAGCAAUAGCGGUUUUAACUCUGGGAAUAACCAGAGGAACUGCUCCUCAGUCCUCUCAAGAUUUCGGGGUUUUACCUCUCAGCACAUCUCCAUGGGAAGAUGACCCUCAGGCGGAACACGCGCAGGAGCUGAGUCGAGACAAUGGCGACGGCAUCGCGCCGGGUGAGACGUGCAGCAAGGCUGGUGAAGCAGGAGUUGAUAGAAGGCUUGGCCAGGGCUGACCUGUUCCAAAGAUGGCUCGCCUACGUCACUAGUUUUGCCAUAGGCCCUUUUGGGCUGCGGAACUAGACACCUUAAACACCAGAUAAUUAAGUUAAGUUAAGUUAAGAAAUAUUUCUAUUAAUCAUGCAGGAUUGCCUGACGCUGAAGCAUUAAAAACAAAUAUAGAUUGGGAUAUAAGUUUAGACUCGGAUAAUAAAAGUUCAAGUGAUGAUGAUUCUCAUAUUAGUAUAGCCAGAGCUCUAUUUUUGCUUGGGCUUCCCUAACUUUACUGACGGAAAGGGCCAACCUUCUCAAAUGGGAGAGCUAUUUAUUAUGCAGAUUCUAUCAUUUUGGGGCUAGCAAAAUUAAAAUUAGUUGGCUUAGCUAACUCCUUUUUUUUUCGGGUAAGAUUGAGAAGCCCAAGCAAAAGAGUGCUCAGGCUAUAAAGGUGCAGUUAUUGGCAUAACAAUUGGCGUCAUAGUCAUAUUUUUAAUUAUUGUUAUAGGACUAAUCAUAUACAUCAGACAGCGGAGAAGAGAAGCUAACAGUGGUCUCAUGAAACAGACGUAUGAGCCUGCAUUCAAAGACUCUCAGCCAAGUAAAGGGUUUUCCCCUCCUUUUGAAAUACAAAUUCCACCUGAAAGAUUUGAGCCUCAAAGGAUUUAG